CAACACCAAAUAGUCAUUAUCUUGCUAUCAUUGAUUGGUACAAGAAAGAUCCACAAAAGCAAAAUUACUUUUAUAGCAAAUCAUAUGAUAGUGCACUAUCUACAAAUGCUAAUAGAAGUUAUCAUGCUGAAUUAUAG